GUGGUUUCUGGUUACCUGCUUCUGGGAAUGCUACAGGGUUUUCAGUUUUCAGUAAUCGAGGGCCAUAAGAUUGGACUAUUAGCUAUAAUGCACUGACUUCCAGAACCAGAUUAAAGUCUUUGAUUAUUAUCCUAAAAUCAGCCAAUGUUGCAUGUGCUGUGGAGAAUGAUAAGGGUUGUUUGUGACAUGUUUUUUCAGUGCGUGCUGUGAUGUACUCACUAGUAUGGUUAAUAAUGUCCCCCUCCCCAGGGUCGCACAGUCUGAGCAGGAAGGAAAGACAAUGACGUGUUUGUUUCCACUGCUAGAAAGAAAACUUGCCUCCUACUAAAUAGCUAAGAACCUCUGAUUUUUCACAGCUGUGCAACUGAAAAGUUACAAAACUACUCUGAUAAACGAAUGGAACAGAAAUGACCUAUACAUUAAGGCCAGAAUCAUCCCGUAUGUAACUGUUAAAUGACAAGAGAGAUCGUCAUUAGACUUCUGCAAUAGGGGCAGGAUUAUUUCCAGUACUCCCGUUGUGCUGUGCGAUUCAGGACUCAGGACUCAGGAUAUUGCAAUGCACAUCUGCUGAUUGGAUGAAAUCUUCUGUUCCCAGACAAUGACACGUUAAGAGAAUUAGCUCCAGCCUAACUCAAACGUUGAUGAGAGCUGUAUAACCGUGAAUUAGCACAUUCACCAAAGCCGUGCUUCUGGACCACAGCAGAGAGGAGGAAGAUGGCUAUUAAUUAUAAUCUAAGCCUCCUGAAGGAACUGGAAAGAGAAAAGGUGUUGGAGGUCCUAUACCGUGACCAGUCACUUCAGAAAGCCGAGGAGGAAAGAAUAAGAAAACUGAAAACACAUUUGCAGCAGCUUCGAUGGAAAGGUGCAAAGAGUGUUAGUAGAGAAUACCAGGAGAGAUCUUGUGCUCGCUGCCAGAAAGCUCUAGGCCGUCUGGUAAACAGAGGUUCUGUGUGCAAUGGCUGCAGUCACCGGGUGUGCCAUGAGUGCCAGGUUUUCCUCUGCAAUCUCAUCUGGAAGUGCACAGUCUGUUACGCCCAUGGGGAAGUUAAAAUAAAGACUGGUGAGUGGUUCUUCGAAGAAAGAGAAAAGAAAUUCCCUUCUGCAGCAAAACAUGAAUCUGCAGGUGCAAAGCUUUUGAAAUCUUACCAAAAAACUAGUAAGAUUUCAAUUGUCCCUCCAACACCGCCUCCUAUCUCUGAAGUCAUCCACUGGAACACAUCCAUGGAGGUCAGCAAAGAGAAAGGAUUUAAUAAGUCAGUUGAGAAUUUGAUUUUGUCUCUCACAGCACAAGUUAAGAAAAUUUCAAAAUCACAGAAUGACAUGAGAAUUACUGACAAAUGCCACCUAACCACUGACUAUGGACAGAAAGCAGAGAGAAGAAAAGACCGAAGAAGCAACUCUGACACUGCAAUCAAUUUGGCUAGUGAGCUGGAGAAGGCCCACAGUCUGCAUCAGUUUAUCCACAAAACAAAGGAAACAGGAGGCUCAAAAGAGAAAAAUGAAGCAAGGCAAGGAACAGAAGAAGAGACAAACAUUAUAAGAAGAAAAACACUCUGUGGGAGCACAAAGAGAGAAAGUGUGUGCAGCAUCACCAGCACUUGCUCUGAAGCUGGCAGCUAUGACAAUGCCAAUAUCACAGGAGAAAUAGAGUUUGCAGUUAAAUACAAUUUCAAGACCUGCACCCUUGAAAUCACCAUCAAAGCAUGCAAGAACCUGUCUUAUGGAGAUGAGAAGAAGAAAAAAUGUAACCCAUAUGUAAAGACUUACCUACUUCCUGAAAAAUCCUCCCAUUCUAAAAUGAAGACAAGCAUUAAAAAGAAUACAGUGGACCCAUUUUUUAAUGAAACAUUAAAGUACACUAUUAAACACUCACAGCUGGAGACACGAAUACUGCAAGUAUCCUUGUGGCAUGUGAGUACACUGAAGAGGAAAGUUUUCUUAGGAGAAGUGAAUUUACCUCUUGAGCUGUGGGAUUUUGAGGAUAAUUCAACCCAGUCAUUUAAGUGGUACCAACUGAGAUCAAAGGCAUAUGACCGAGUGGAUUGGUAAGGAAGUUCUGGUGGUAGACAGCCAAAAGGGAGAAGAUGUUAAUUGCAUGACUAACUUCAACUAAAAAAAGCACAUAUAUAACCUGGCAUACAGGGAGCAGCAGUGGUGUUCUGGAAACUGCAUCUUGCAGAAUGUGAAGAAAAGUACAACAGCAAAGAGGUCCGUCUGACCCAUGGCCAAGUGGUGGAAAAACACAAAGAUGAAUUAAAUGAACUUCAGGCUGAACUCUAUUGGUCCAAAACUGAAUUGUCCUUUCCUAUUUCCUUUUGAGUGCAUAAUAUCUGGCUCUGACAUUGUAAAGUUCAUGGACACAAUUAAGAAAUGCCAAGUAUUUAUGUUUAAAAUGUUUCUUCCAGCAACAUCAUUAUGUCUGGGUGGGAUUUGGGAGUGUCCACCAUGACAUUGAUAAGAAUUGCUUUGCAAUGUGAUGCAGUGGUUUUCUUUUCAAGAUCCAGUGCACCCUGGAAGUCCUCAACAAAUACUAUUGAUGUGCUAUGUUAUUGUUACAGAAAAUAAAAUGAUUUGUUAAAAUGC